CCUACUCAAGGAGGGAACUCCCAGGGCUCAGUAGCUUGAGGGUGACAGUUCAGUUCAGGUGAUGGAGAAUCCUCUCUGCCUUCUGAAAAGUGUUGGUUCCACAUUGCUGAGAAUGAGCUCCACUAGCUGGGCAAUGGAUAUGCUCUUUGCCUUUCUGUGUGGGUUGGUGCUCUUUAUCCUAUUGAUUCCUUUCCUUCAGACUAAUCCAUCCUUCUCACUAGCUGGGAAAAAGAACAGCAGAAAGAACCACAUGGAGAAGAAGGGACAGAAGAAAACCAGUAGGAGGAGCUGUAUUCUGAAAGCUUUUAGAGAGUGUCGAAGGGAACUGGAGGAGACUGGGGAUCUACUUUUACUUCUGCAGCGCCUCCUACAAAAGCUCCCUGGGAAUGCUGAAGUCAAUCACCUCUCUCAUGGAGAUGUCCCAGAGCCUCAAGAAGACCAGCCUGCCUUGAGGAGGCUGCCCCCAGGCACUGGGCCCCAGGACUCCGGACUCAGUAAAUCCUAUUUGCAAUCUCUCAUCAGGGUUCUCUCAGGCCCUGACCUCCUUCACCACUGUCUUUCUUUCUUCUCCUGGUGCUGGGCAACUGCCAAGGCCACCUUCUUCUCCAGCUGGGCACAUGGCAAAUCCCAGCAAGAACAUCUGUCUCCCCACCCACCAGACACUGUGCUCUGGGAAAGCCCCGCACACUGGCAGGCAGAGGCGGGAAGAGGGGACCACGCUUUCAUCCACCCUGACGUGCACAAGCUGCUGGAGAUGCUGAUCAGCAAGAGAGUCAAACAGAAAAUGCGCCAGGAAAAACCAAAGGGCGGCUCAUUUUUCCAACCGGUGAACACAGACUACCCCUGGGUUUCUCUGAGAAACCUGUUAAAGUCACUGGGUGACAAACUGACCUCUGCACAGCCCUGCAGCACAAAGGGCAAAGCAGAGUGGCUUCUUGGAUCUCAGCAGCCCUCUAUCCACAAGGUCCUGGGCAGCCCUUUAGAGCAUGAAUGCAGCCUACUCUUCUGGGGCCCGCCCUCUCUGCACAGUGAGUCCCUGGUGGCCACUGCCUGGGUCACUUAAAGAUCUUUAUCUACACAACCUCCAUCUAUUAAUUUUAGUGAAGUUCCUACACAUAAGUCAGGUCCAUCUCAGGAACAAGGGUCUGUAUAAAACUUGCCCCAAUUUCUGCCUUAUGCCCAGCCCCUGGCGCACCUCCUAUGUACUCCCUGAAACCAACAACCUAC